UGUCAAUGUCAUGUGUCACUCAAGUUACCCAACCCUGUCUUCCGGCACUCCCAUGAUCAAGUCCUCUCGACACCAGCCCGGGGUGCACAGAUCACUCAGGGAUGUCGCCGCCGGGUAUUUUGGGACGGCCUGACGUCUCUGUCGAUCUUUCAUCCGCUCAACGCCACCUCAAGCCUCUCACCAGGCACCGGGGUCUCCUUGAAGUCUCCAUCGGACCCCGCUGCUGCGAAUGACCGGAUAAACACGCGCGUGCAGCGGGAGCUCCUCUACUCUUCAUCCUGGUCCUUCGACAUCCUCGUCCAUGUGAUGGUCUUCCCGCUCGCUGUCGCUGCUCUGACUGAGCACUCAAACGCUCCAGAAUGGUCACCACGCCUGAGGACAUCGAUUUCACGCACAUGUUGCAGGCGCGCAUCCUUGACAACGGACCUCCCGACGAGGACCCCACGCGAUGCCUCUAACAUAUCCUCGUCGACGUACACUUCAACGAAUGGUUCUACAUUGAGACCUCGAAUACAACAUUAUUCUCCCCGCGACGACCAUUCCAAAUUUCAAAUCAACUACUGCGCUCUUCGCCAGGAAGCAAUGGACGGGGAGCGCCAGACAACGAGCUGCAGGAGCCCCAACUACGCAGCGCCCAACUCAUCAGAAUCGACCGGUCCUCUGGCAUAAUCUUAAACGCUCUGCCACGCAACUCGCUUUCUCUCGAAGAUGAUGGUAAUUCAGGAUGUCGACGGUGUGUUCAUACACUCUUACACUCUCACGUGGUCACUGACAUCGACGUCUGCGUACAAGUACGGUCUGACCACCCCCUCUCUAUCCUCGUAGAGAGCCCAAUCAAAUGCAUCCUCAUGCUGGCUUCGCUCCAGCAGAAGAACAUCUCAGAGAUCUUGAAACAGGUGCGGUUCAGUCGACAUGCCCCACCCCCAUCCCGGACGACGUGGCUUGGGCCGGGCUUUGCGCUCUAUGGUCUCUUUCACUGCCGCACCGCUGGAUUGGGAUUGGGAUUUCGUGUACAGAGUGGGCCGGAUUGCUCAGUUUGUUGAGCAGCAUGCUACAAAGGGGAGGCUCCGUCGAGACGAUGGUUCCCGCGAGGAUCAAGUCGAGCUAGCUGAAAUGUUGGUACAUGACAGGUGGAGAGUACAUCACAAACGGACCACCGUCUCCGUACUAGAGCAAGAAGUGAAGCCGGCGAGUACAGGCUUGACAUAAGGACAUCAUUUUUCGCACCCGUUUGCCUCUCAAACGUGGCAAUUCCGAGGAUUUGGAUUCGCGGGUGUAUCUCAAGCACCAUCUGGCCUCUGUGCUACAGGAGGUCGCCACGCCGGUGGACAAAAUGUGAAAGUACAUGCAUGGUCUCAGUUGCAGCUGUUGUCUUGCGGCGAGAGCAUGAGUGAGGGAGCUUUCGGUGUGUGCUGUUACUAUCCGGAUUGCACUCGACUCCCGUUCAAUCUUUCGUCAGAAUGUAUAUACAUCAAUCUGUACGGUCCUACCAUGCUAAUUCUAUAGGUCUCCACUUCGUGCUUGGUCAGCGCUGACAGUGGGAUCAAAUGACCAGAAGACGGUUUUCUCCUCCUUUAUCUUCCUGAAACUGGCUUCCGAAUUCAUUUUCGACAUCCCAGC